CUCUACACAGACGCUCUCCCGCAAUAAGCGUCGUUCGAAAAAUGUCAAAGGAAGCUUCGCUUUCGGUCGCAGAGCGCGAGUUCAUCCUCGAAGCUCUGCAGCAGGAUGUUCGCCUAGAUGGUCGAGGAUUUGACCAGUACCGUCCUUUGAAGAUCUCCUUCGGCGAUGAAUACGGACAUGUGAAGCUUGAGCUGGGCAAGACAAGCAUUGUUGUUCGCAUCUCCUCCGAGGUUACCAAGCCCCGCGAUGACCGCCCAUUCGACGGCCUUUUCAACAUCAAUCUCGAGCUGUCUGCCAUGGGCUCGCCAGCUUGGGAGAAUGGCCGGUCCAAUGAUCUCGAGGCCUCUGUGACCCACGUCCUUGACAGCGUCAUCCGUCGCUCGAACGCUCUGGACACUGAAUCCCUGUGCAUUCUCAAGGGUGUGAGCUGCUGGAGUAUCCGCGCCGAUGUGCACGUCCUCGACUACGAUGGCAACCUGACCGAUGCAGCCUGUAUUGCCGUCAUGACUGGUCUGCAGCAUUUCCGCCGGCCGGAUGCCGUGGUUCGCGAUGGCCAAGUUGUCGUCUAUGGAGUGGAGGAGCGAGUCCCCGUUGCGCUCAACAUCACACACAAGCCUCUCUCCGUUACCUUUAACACAUUCAACGAGGGCCGUCACAUCAUCCUCGAUGCCACACGCAAGGAAGAGCAAGCUUCCGAGGGAGAGCUUGUGAUUGGCAUCAACAAUGGAGGCGAAGUGUGCUUCACGUCCAAGUUCUCAGGUGCCCCGAUCGAUGCAAUGGAGGUGGUGAUCCACAUUCGAGUUGCUCUGGACAAAGUUAAGGAGCUCAAUGCCCAGAUCGAGAAGGUCAUGCAAGCCGAUCUGGCCGAGCGGGCCAAGAAGGGUAUGGCAGAAGAAUCUCGGGCGGAGAAUGACCGCUGAAUCCAGAAGCGAACGACCAAAUUUUUUGUAUGAUUAGAGCCUUCAUGACCUGGGAACUGGAGUUCUGCAUUGCCUUUUGUUUCUUCUUCACGAGAUGCCAAUGAUGCAAUCGUUAAACGGAGGUUCAUAUGAUGUUGAUAUUCAAAGCGAAAUAGCUCAGCAAUGUACCUAAUAUGAUCCACCGAACGAAAUUAAUCCUUCACACUUAUGAACAAUUAUGCUGUAGCCUCUGGUAUAUAAGCUUUCGAUCCCACAUUUAUCUAGGUAGGCGUGUCAUG